AUUUAUGAAUAAAUAAGGGGAACAACUGAAGGUAAGCUCAAACCUUCGGCAGACCUUCUGUAGCAUGGCAUCUCUUUUGAUUUUUAUCUCUGCUCUGGCCUUGAGUGCCGGCAAAAGUAUUGAUAACAGCCAACUGAAUACAAACGAUGGGGGAAACAAAGUAUUUGAUCUCGUGUUGGAUACUGUAAACAAAACCACCAAAGGGUUAACAUCCACAGAGCUUAAGAAAGCUGCAAAACAAAUAGAAUCUUUGUCUGAUGGUGUGUCUGUUAAAGUUGAAGAGUUAAAUGAUUUUAUCAAGAAAGUGUCCAAGAAGACUGGAACGACAGCCGCAAUUAAUGAAUUGCUUGAAGAUGCUCUGAGUUUUGAUGCUGAACUUUUAAAUGAUUUCCUGGCAAUCUGGACAUUUUUAGCAAAAAGUGGAAAAGAAAAAAUUGCGUCAUCUCAGCCUGUUGACCUUACCAUUGCUGGCAUCGGUAAAAUCUCUGUUGCCGUUCAACAGCUUUUAGCAGACAUUGUCAGGGAUGUAAAAUAUACUGAGAAAGAAAAUAGUACUGGGGCUGCAACAAAAGAGGAAGAUGUGAUACUUCAGUAUGACCAGGUUGGAGAUACAAAGGAAGAAAGAGAAAUGGCUCCAGCCAAACAGAUGGAAAAAAGACGUGUACGAAUUAGAUGUGGCUGGUGGUCACGCUGUGUUAUCAAUGGUUAAAUUUAUUGAUUUAUUCCUGUUCCAAUUUGAUUAAUAAAUUCUUUUCGAAGCUUA